AUGUUUAAAACUCUCAAGUCAAAGAACGAGCUUGUCUACUUGACCCGCAAAUUGAUCCCACCUUUAUUGCCCAACUUUCACAAGGGCCAAUGCGGUCGCAUAGUCGUCAUUGGUGGGUGCGAAGACUACACCGGUGCUCCGUUUUUUGCUGCUCAUGCUGCCGCCCUUCUUGGAUGUGAUUUAUCCCAUGUCAUUUGCGAGUACUCGGCCGCUCCAGUGAUUAAAUCAUACUCUCCUGAUCUUAUGGUUCACCCCUACAUGCGAGAUAGCUCCAAAAUGGAGGAGCAUUUCCGUCUUCAAUCCAAGACCCCGACACCAGAAUUGAUUGAUAGCUACAUAAGAACCAAGAUCUUACCCAAAAUCACCUCAGUGCUCGACCGAAUACAUGUGGUGGUGAUCGGACCAGGAUUUGGGCGUGAUAAGGUGAUGCUCGAAACUUUGAAGAUAGUGAUUGACGAGAUCAAAAAGAGAAAUUUGCCUGUGAUCUUGGAUGCUGAUAGUAUAUAUCUCGUCUCUCAGGAGCCAGAUAUCAUUCGUGGCUAUUCCAGGGCUAUCAUAACACCGAAUCCAGUGGAAUUUAAGCGCAUUGCUGAUGCACUGGGCAUCAAUGAGUCAGACCCUAAACUUGAGGCCAAGGCUGUUUCGAAAGCAUUACAGGUGACAAUUUUGCGUAAGGGUGCUGUCGAUAUAAUUGUGGACGGGGAUCAAUUGAUUAUUGCCGAAGAAGAGGGCGGCCUUAGACGGGUCGGAGGACAAGGAGACUCGCUUACGGGUAUGAUUGCCACAUUCCUGGCCUGGGGCACCUACUCCUAUCGCAAUAAGCUCUGGUCAGAAUCCAAAGAAGAACCUGUAUUGAGCGAUCAAGAGGUAAAAAUGCUCGCUUGCUACGGCGGAAGUAUUCUCACCAAAUACUCCUCUAAGUUAGCUUUUGAGCAACACUACAGAGCAAUGCAAACGUCUGACCUUCAUCAGUUCAUUGGACAAGCUUUUUUGGAAAAGUUUGGAAAGAAAGAAGAUGACUAA